CUAAAUGUCGAAAGCUCAUAGAAACUUACCAUGAGAAAGAAUGUAGCUUUUAUUGGAGAAAAAGAAUAUGCAGCAAAGCACUCAGUCAAGGGGGCACAUUCACCAAUCAAUGCCAAAUUUAUUGACACACCAUGCAGUUCAAGGAAAACAAACAACCCUCUAUAAACACCCCCAAUAAAAAAAACAUGCUAUUUGAGGGACAGCCUGUUGCAGGGGUACAGCGCUUCAAAUCAAUCUGCAGUUAAGUGCAGUUCAGGACCAACCCUCCUGUCUGAUGCCAUUUCUUUUGUCUCUUAAAGUCAUACACCCCAAAAUGUUUCCUCAAGUAAGUCAUGCUUGCUUAAACAGGCAAGUUAAGCAUCAUUUUACUCCCACAUAAGACACCCUCUACAAUAAUUGGGACAUUUGGUAAAGAUGCGCACAAAAACCUUAAACAGUUGUCAUGGAGACGUGGUGACACCAUGCAGCUCUGCUGAAAAUCUCUAACAGCAAGCUUUGAAGAUUUCUUUAGCAUCCGUUACCAUUCUGCUUCACUGUCUGUGGUUGGAAGACAAACUUUGGUCCUUGUCUAGCCUUGUUCAUUAUCAGUCCAAGAAAUUUCAAGCUGUUUAAUUCUUGCUCUAAAUGUGGGUGUGGUCAAGAUUUGGAGCGGUAAUAUUUUCUUGCAGUCGUUUCCUGAUUUAUGAAGAUCAACACACAUCUAGUUUAAGUGAAAUGUUUCAUAGUCUUUCUCAUUUUGAAGAGUGGCUGAAAGACCUAUGUCUCAUGUAAAAGUACGAAGUCAUGGAUUACUAAAUAAGUUUGUCAACAUGACAAUCAUGCACUAAUUAUAAAAAAGCCAAUAAGUGUGGCACCCCUGGUAAAUAUGGAGACUUAGACAGGGAAGCAGCUCCUAAUAGUCUUUUUUCCUCUCGAUCUCCCCCUCCCAACAAGCUCUGCAGAGGAAAGACUGACACAGCACUUACAGUCUGCUCUGUGAGUACGCACAGUAUAGUAGACAGGAUUAUAAUCAGAGAAGGAAGCAGAGGAGGACUGUAAAGGAUUAAAAGAGAAACAACCUAGGAUAAAAAAGGGAAUAGGCAACAAAAGUGAAACUAAAAGAAGAAACAAAAAAGACUGGAGGAAUAAAAAAAAGGAUGUAAAAUCCCUAAAAACAAAGAAUAUGGGAGCGUCGCAUUGAAAAGUAAAAGCUAGAUUAAAAAAGUGAGGAAUAUACAUAAUUUCCACGACAACCACCAAACUGCAGGGUUCCUAAGGUCUUUGGUGGCUCUUCAGAUCCAACUCCUCCUCCUGGAGACCUAAUGUCAGGGAAUACAGCACGGUCUGUCGUCCCACCAGGGUCCAUUACCAGCAAUGACAGGUGCCAUGGGAACAAGUAGAUCCAACAGGUAUAGCAUUGUGUCAGACAUCAUACCAGAGGAGGAGCUGGAGAAGAUUUCUAGUUUAGCACUCUACAAUGGUCGCAGUUCUGCCAAAGUGAAGGAGCAAAGAGACGUAGACAGAGAGGGCGUUGGAAGCAAGCCUGCAACCUCCACUGUUGUGCCUGGCACUAGCGGACAAAGCAGUAUGAACAACUACAACGGGAAGGCCCUGACACGGAGCUCUAACCAAGUCCGGAGUCGCUUUGUGAAGAAGAAUGGACAAUGCAAUGUAGUAUUCACUAACAUGGAAGACAGGAGUCAGCGCUACCUCGCAGAUAUCUUCACCACCUGUGUGGACACCCGGUGGAGAUAUCUACUACUUAUAUUCUGCACCAGCUUCCUCGUCUCUUGGCUGAUAUUUGGCUUAAUCUUUUACAUUGUCGCCCUUGCACAUGGGGACUUUGAAGAGCCUAACCAGAAAGCAAAUGGGCUGGUGCCAGGAAUGUAUGGACCCUCCUCUGGUCACUCAGUUGGGGGGCAGACACAAAGGAUGCCCUGCAUAUUGCAUGUUCAGGGUUUUGUUGGGGCGCUCCUCUUUUCAAUGGAGACCCAGACUACUAUUGGCUAUGGAUGGCGCUGUGUUACAGAGGAGUGUCCUCUGGCUGUUUUAACAGUUGUUAUACAGUCCAUUGUUGGUUGCAUCAUUGACUCCUUUAUGAUUGGCACCAUCAUGGUUAAGAUGGCUCGGCCAAAGAAGAGGAACCAGACCCUGAUCUUCUCCAAAAACGCUGUCAUUGCUCUGCGUGAUGGCAAACUGUGCCUCAUGUGGAGGGUGGGCAAUCUGCGGAAGAGCCACAUUGUGGAAGCUCAUGUCCGAGCACAGCUCAUACGAUCAUAUGUCACAGCUGAGGGCGAGUUCAUCCCUUUGGAGCAAAUGGACCUCAAUGUGGGCUAUGAUGAAGGUACAGACAGGCUGUUUUUAGUAUCUCCACUGGUUAUAGUCCAUGAGAUAGACAAAGAUAGCCCUUUGUACACCUUAAGUCGAGCAGAUCUGGAUGCAGAUGACUUUGAGAUUGUCGUGAUCCUGGAGGGGAUGGUGGAGGCCACAGCCAUGACCACACAGUUCCGUAGUUCUUAUCUUGCGAGAGAAAUCUUUUGGGGUCACAGGUUUGAGCCAGUGAUCUACGAGGAUCGUGACCGCUACAAGAUAGAUUAUGCACGCUUCCACAAUACCUAUGAAGUCCCAUCAACACCCUAUCUCAGUGCAAAAGAGCUUGAUGAAGCUGCGAGCAGUGCAUCUUCUGCUGCAUCUCCUGCAUCAGCCUAUAGAUCUACACAAGACUUGAUCCCACGGUCUCUGACCGCCUUUUGCUAUGAGAAUGAGGUAGUACUGAGCUGUGCAGAGGGAGAAGAGGAAGACAUAUUUGACUCUACAGAGAUGGUAGGGAAGGACUGGGCAGAGGAGAGGAGGACUUCUGUUGACUUUCAAAGUAUGUUUCAUGACACAGCAACCAUAACCCCAGGUAGUCACAAUGUCAUGUGUGUUCUAGACAUGGACAAUAACCAGAUGGAGUUUGACAUCCUACAGACCACGAUUCCUCUUGAUCCAGUCACAUAUAAGAGUGAGCAAGAGGCCUAAAAAGUGAAGCAUAGGUUGCUUGUCCAGAACGUUGGACACACGUAUUCAGCUUACAUUUGCAUGAAAGUAAACUGAAACUCACAUUGCCUUUCCAGUGCUGUCUUUUUUUUUAUUAAUGUUAUUAUAAUUCCACUCGUGUUAAAUUAUUGGCAGUAAAGUUUUCCCAAGACUGCAACAUUGAAAAAGCAUGUGGACAAAAUAUCUCUGACAGACUCUUGGCUUUUUUUAAUUGUGAGUUAAUAACCAAAUGAAAGCACAAGCAAGUUAAAGUUAAGAAUCUGAAGUAUAUUUUAGAAUGUGUGUAUAUCUUGCAUAGUUCACAAUUACCUUUGUAUAAAAUAUUUUAUUUAUUUGAACAAUAAUGAAGAAAGCAAUAGUGAUUUGGGUAAAAUUACUAUUUUUGUAUAGAAAAUGCAGGGCUUACAGCUUCAAGGGGUAGUUUUGAAGAAAUACUCUUUCAUCAGAGGUUGGGAAAGUUGUGUUUGAUAUUGUCAAUAGUUUGCAGUAAAUAUAUUUGCUCACCUUUGCUGGAAACUGCUCAAAAUCCAUUGUCUAUGAUUAUUUAAUAUAAAAUUGGUAACUUGACCAUACUGAGGGCAUUCUCUAAGUGUAGCAGGUGGGUUUAUUUACAUUUCUUAAAGCAACAGUUUUUCUUCAGUGGGGUUCUGCGGAGUAAUUAUGAGCAGUCACUAUCUGUCCUGGAGUUAACAGCAGUCAGAGUGAUCUCAGUUUGAGAAACUCACAGAUGUUCUCAUCUGAGAGCCAAGCUAACAGCCACUGAAAAAUGAACCAACUCAAACAACACAAAGUUAAAAUUACAUACUUUAUUUUAAUUGCCCCCCUGUUGAUAAAUUAAGUUUUUUAGUUUUUUUUUUUUUUUUACAAAAAGUAAGGUUAAAUAUAUUAGCAUCUCUGUAUGUGUAUCUGUAUAUGUCAGAACUUAGAUCUGGGAAUAGCAUAGUGACUAAGCUAAGUACUAGUGGCAAAGCAUGGCAAUAACAUUGUAUCUCAAACACUGUAGCAGGCCAUCGACUAACAGAAAUGGAAAAGAAGUCGGACUGGUACAAACUGUUUAAAGGAAAAAUUAACCAGUUAUUACUGCAGCAAUCACUUUUUAAAAAUAUGGCAGCCGUAUUAAAUUAUGAUGUCUGUGUUAGUGAAAAAUGACAAACUUUGUCAUUUUUGAUUUCUGAUUGUAGGGGAUCUUCCUGUUUUUUUAAUCAGGGAACACCCAAGUGAUUGCUGAAGUAGUAAACAGUCUAUUUGUUGUCAUCUGCCAUUCUCAGCACUGUGCAACUUCUGUUACUGAACACUUUGUUGCUGUGUUUGAAAUACCUUACGUUUUUGCCUUGCAUUCCUAAUAGUUAGCUUCAGCUUGAAAUGAUUAUUUCAAAUGUGUUUCUGAGUACCACUGAAGGCAGCCAAAGUACCACCAGUAGUACUGAGCCACUAUAUGAAAACUAUAGCUCAGUAUUUAUACCAGGUUCUAUAAAAUGAGAUUACUCUGACUGCUGUCCAGUGCAGGGAAGCUACAGACUACUAAUAACUACUCCACAUUGCCCCACACAAAAACAAGAAAACUGACCUCUACUAGAAAACUUCACAUCUAAGAUAACAUUUUCUAUUGCCUGUUUUGAGUUUUUUUCAAAAUAGAAACUCUGCAUUUGAAAUAUUUAAUGCUUAAAUUGACUUUUAGGUAAAUAAAAAAUGUAAAUUACAUUUCAGAUUCUAUACAAUUGAUUUUGUUAUAAUUGGAAAUAAUCAAAGUAGUGGGUUCUUUACUUGAUUACUUGCUUGAUUGCUAAUAAUUAUGUUUUUGCUGCUUUGUUCCUAGUGAAGGUUUGUCCUGUGAUAACAGAAACAACACUGAGAAGUGGCUUUUACUUGUAUGAAUGCUGAUGCUGUUUGCCAAAGGUCUGUAGUUUGGGAGUAAAAGGCAGAGCGUCUCUGAUUCCAUAUGUGGAUAAUGUGAUGGCAGGAAGGUGAAAGGAUGCCAUGAGGCACAACAGGAAACAACACGGAUGAAGGUUGCUGGUACAGUCAAUAGACAUGUUCAACAUGUCGCUGGAUUUGGACAGACAGGAUUAUUUCAAGAGUAACUGAAUGAGAUUAUGAUUUUAUAAUAAGUGAAAUUACAGGACUGCAUAUUGAGAGGUCUGGAUUCUAGAAUCUGAUCUUAAUCUGAUGUUAGGAAAUCUGUAAAAAAACUGCUGUUUACAGAUUGCUUGUUGAGCAUCAGAAAUUCGUUGAUGUGGUGCAACCCCAACACAAGAAAGCUGGUUUGCUCCUUAAAAUGUAAACAAUAACAGAAUUAGAAAAAUUUGUUUUUUAAAUGUAAAUAUAGGAUCAAACUGGGAAAUGGCAGUCUGAUUUUAAAAGGAUUGAAUUAUUAAAUGAAAGUUGGAAAAGAAAAACAAAAGACAAAAAAAGUUAUGUUUCAGAUUUGAAUUAUUUCAAGUAAUCAUCAGAAACACCACAAUAAACUACAACAAUACUUUGGAUUGAAUUUGUACAUUUGUGCAGAAGCUAGUAAAGGUUAUGUGAAAAAACCUAGGACACCCUAUGGAAAACUGGAACUUUUGGAAAAAUUCUCUUGGAACAGAUGAGAGUAAACUGAAUCAGUUCGACACCAUCACAGGAAAAAAAGAACCUCACACCAAAACUCAAAAUAUGCAUUUACAUCAUCAGUCUUUGUGGUAAUUCUCCGGUUUAAAUUAUUUGUUAUUUUCAUAAAAGUUUUAAAUGCAGUAUGGGGAUUUAUAUUAUCCAGUUUUUGUUUACACAUGUAGCUAUCAAAUAUAGCAUUUCUGCUUUACAAAAGAAAUACUGUAAAAUGUAAUCUCAAAAUACAGAUUUGAAUCGUUUCAAGAAGAUCUUUUAAGCAAUUAUGUUGUUUUUUUUUGUUAAUGUGGUGAUUUGGAGGAAAGUAGUUGCAUCAUUACCCAAAUCUGAGCAAAGGCUCUUGAUAGUAUCCUAUUAAAAAUUUAUAAAGCUCAAUGGUACAAAUCCAGGAAAAAGUAAGCAGUAGCAGAAACCUUUAUCUUUAAACUGAAACAAGUACACUGCUAGUCAAACUAAAAUGGUUUGUUUUUUAAAAACGACAAAGAUAUAGGCAUACUGCAAUAUAUUGUAACUGAGACGUAAUUUCAUUAAACAUCUGGAAGGAGUAAGUGUACUAUUCUGUAUACAUUCUAUUUAAUACCUUAUCAAACAUAUUUUCUUGCAGUGCGUACACUUUGCAAAUCCCAGGAGAUGUCUGUUCUUCAUUGACUUGACAAGCAAAUUAGCAAAAGAAAGAAAAAGACCUUUCUUUAUUUCAAGUGCUUGUGUUGCCCUCUGUUGAGUAGCAUCCUUGGUGGUGAGCCAUAGCACCCAUAUAAGAACCACUACUGAUGAUGAUCAUAACUUGAAUUUUUGUUUGAUUUUAUAAUUCCAACAGACUGUUUUAAGCUGUGUAAUAAUUGACAUAUGCACAAUGGAAAUGCUAAAUGCAUAAAAAUAUAACUUUUCAUCUACUUUUGCAACUAAGUCUUCCUGAGCUGUAAAACUAAGAUUGUGUUUCUUUAUUAUUAUUGUUACUUUAUUUCCAGUCUCUUCUUGCAGAGGAAAACACCAAGCAAACUAUUGUCCAAAGUGAAAGAAAUUGUACAUUUAUUUUAGAAAAACCUGAAGUACAGAGCACUUUAUUUUUCCUUGUUCAAUUUGAUGAUGUAAAUAAAUGUUUAUGUAAUUA